AUGUUAUUCUGCGAGACUGCGUUCGUGCAACCAGUGCCAAUGGACAACGUCGUCAGCUUGAAUGCUAUUGAGAAUUUUCUACCUCCCAGAACGCAACCAUCAGAGUUUUUCUUCGUUCAUAACUUGCCUGGAAUCCAUAACCUUAUUGCAGAUCACAGUUACUGUGCGAAGUUAGAAGACGUUCACGAGUUGGUCCAAAACGAUGACGUCAAAUAUGAAGUUGAAGACGUGUCCCAUUCAGCCUGGUUUGAAUCGGCGGCGGUUUCGGAUGUUUUAUGUGCUCCUGAUAGCGAGCAAAUUGAAGAUAUAUCCAAUUUUGUUCAACUGAAUAAUAAUAUUGGUUCUUGUAUACGAGAAGCUCUGGAGGUGAACGACUUCGAUGAACAUCGAAAUUACUUCGAAAAAACCCCGCAAUGUCAGUUCCUCUCGGAAAAUGCCGCACAGUAUCCGGUUGACACUCCCGCAGUCCUGUGCGAUUUGAAAGUAUUGAAUAAUUGUGGAGGUCUCGAAGAAAAGAAUCGCGAAGAAUUCGAAAUUUCUGGGUCGGAAUCGGGAGGAUCUAUUUUAGAAAGUGUCAUUCUGAAGGAUUCGGCUGAGAUUGUUCCCGCAUGUGUUGCGCCGAUUACGUCGAAGCCGAAAGUUGGUCGUCCGCGGAGUUCACUGACUGCUCGUAAUUGCGAAGAAUGUGGAAAGGGUUUCUUGCGCAACUCGGACUUUUUGGCUCAUAAACGAACUCACGCCGAGGGGAAGCCGUUUACGUGCGAUGUGUGCCCGAAAAAGUUCUCGCAAUUGGCAAAGUUGAAUGCCCAUCGUGGAGUGCACAGUGGUAAUCGGCCUUUCACUUGUGAGGUCUGCGGCAAAUCCUUUACCCGAUCAACAGUCCUGCUCCAGCAUCAACGAAUCCACUCUGGCGAGAAGCCGUAUGCUUGCGGUGAAUGUGGCAAGAGCUACGCCCAAAGUUAUCAACUUAUUGCCCACAAGCGAACGCAUUCCGGGGAGCGGCCGUACCUUUGCCCGGAUUGCGGGAAAUCUUUCAUCACGUCCACUGACCUUAAUAUACAUCGACGAACUCAUUCCGGGCUUCGACCUUACGUGUGUGACUAUUGCGGGAAAACGUUUUCGAGAUCACAUACUCUCACGAUUCACCGGCGAUCGCAUACUGGCGAGAAACCGUAUCCCUGCACGUUCUGCGGGAAGGCCUUUGUGUCCUCGGCAGAUUUGAAUCAUCACAAACGAACCCACACUGGGGAACGUCCCUAUGUGUGUUCCGAGUGCGGUAAAACGUGCACGCAGAGUGCGCACUUGUCGCAGCACAUGAUGUCGCACAGGAAGCACCGGGUGUUUCAGUGUGACCAGUGCGAAAAGGCAUACAUUCGGAAUUCCCACUUGAUUCGGCACAAGAGGACGCAUACGAACGAGAGACCCUUUCGAAUGGAUGAUUUGUUAGAUGUGAAUAUCUGGUCACCGCGUGAUGCGCCUCCGAGUGAAGUGAAAUCUCUUGAGAAAUACUUGUGCAACUUGGACAGCCGUGUUGUUGAGAAACUGAAAAAAGCUGCCUUGAAGUCGAUUUGUGGAAAAUCUUUGACGCCGAGUACAUGGAAGAAGCUCGUUUUGGAAUGCCAUUUGCUGACGAAGGACUCCGACGUACCUUUGGAUGCAACCAUUUUGGCGACUGUAUUUGCAGCUUUACUGUCCCUCUACGGCUGCUUGUUUCAACACUCACCAUCGAAGCUCAAGAAGGGCCUUGUCAAGCAAAAGUUGCAAAAUUUGAAGCUACCAUCUGAAUUCAUUGAAGAUUUUCUUGAAACAUUUUUCGGUGACGUUGGAGAGGAAGUUCGUGAACGGAUUGGUGCAAUCAAUUCUGGGUCUUUGAGUGUUGCUUCCGUUGAUUGGGCGGUGAACGGAACAAUUUCUACCAGAGAUGUGAUUUCCCUUAUGCAACCCUAUGUGAAAAUGGAGAUGAGACUGACUGACGGAAAUGUGAUGGGGCCGAAGAAGAAGUCUGGCGUGCAUGACGAUUCUUUUUCGUCGUCGAAAGGGAAAAGAAAUGACGACAUUUAUGCUUGUGCUCAAUGUGGGCUGUAUAUGUCGGGGUUCGAUGCGGGAGACCAUCAAAUUGUCGACUGUGAAACCACUCGAGCAUUAAAUCACAGCUUUGCUUUGGUUAACCAUAGUAGAGCAUUUCUUCGAGGGAAAUGCCGCUUUAGAAACCCUUCGCAAGAGGGACUGGCGAAUUGCAAAAUGAAUGCGAUCAUGUUGAACCCGAAAGCAAUUAAGAUUUGUGGAUUUUUCGUCGGGAAGGAAAUUCUUCUUCGUGAAGAAAUGAGUUCAUCGUGGAUGGUGUGCAUUGUUUUACCCGACAAAACAUUGCCUCCGUUUGAUAUCGGCGUAUCUGAACAAGUUUCAAAGUUGAUGAACAUCAAAACUUCUUCGAUCUGCAUCCUUCAGUCGUUGGAAUCGUCAGUCAAGCCAUGCGACUACAUCUCUUUCAAUGUUAGAGCCGUGAUGGACAAUCGUGCUGGAAGUAAUCUUCAAGAAGAAGAUGUGAUUCGUAAAAUUUCUAAAACAGGUUUCGAAGCCUUCCUUAAGUCAGAGCUGGUGGGGAUUCGACUGACAUCUCAGUCAAUUCUUCCUGUCAAUUUCUUCGGGCUUGCGCUUGACUUGAUUGUAACUUCUUGUAGGUCUUCGUGGGAGGAUAACUGGCAUACGGAAAACGAGGAACUGGUUUUGUCAAUGCAAAAUCUCAACGUCACCGAAGACGAAGAUCGCCUGGAGUUGAAAACUCUGGAUGUCACAGGAUUUCCCGACUCUGAAAGUCAAGUGGAAUUCCCGGAAGGUGCUGGUGUUACUACGUUUUGUCCCUUGGGUGCAUCGACACCACAUCCGAAAAAAGCAGGAUCUUCCAGAAGAAAAAGCAAAUGUGUCGUCGCGUUGAAUCUUCUUAGUGGAGAUUCACCGACUGUUUAUCGAAUCCAUUCGUCGACGUGCUUCAGCUAUUCCGCCCAAAUGAGAACUGAAGAGUGUAGUGCUAGUGGAUUGGAUUCGGAUGCAUUGACGCUCGAUCAUGUUGGUGGCAUGGACAAUAUUAUCAAAUAUCUGCUCGAAUGCAUCGAUCAUUCCCAUCGGGAGAAGUCUUUUGGACUGUUCCUCCCGCCAACCGGGGUUUUGCUUCAUGGUCCUGCGGGUACAGGAAAGUCACUGCUCGGCAGAUGUUUGAGCGAGAAAUUCGGAAAGAACUUUUUGUCCAUCCGGGGUGCUGACGUGUUCUCUAAAUUCGCCGGGGAUACGGAACGAGAGCUUAGGAAAAAAUUUGACGAAGCAAAACGCCGAUCCCCAUCGGUCAUUUUUAUGGAUGACGUGGAGAGCCUGUGUGCCAAAAAAGAAGGAAAUAGCAGAACGGAGCAAGAAAGCCGAGUGUUGUCUGCGCUUUUAACUAUGCUCGAUGAGCUGCGAGGUCCUCCAGCGUCACGCGUGAUCGUUAUUGCAACGACGAGCAAGCUUUCUUCGAUUGAUCCGGCUAUUCGAAGAUCUGGAAGGUUCGACCGGGAGCUCGAAAUUGGUGUUCCAAACGCGGCCGAGCGAUUCGAUAUUCUUGAGAAGAUCCUGUCAAGAACUUCCCACAGCGUCUCUGCGACGGAUACGGAACUUAUAGCAGCUGCUGCUCAUGGUUACGUGGGUGCGGAUCUGGCACUAGUUUGUGCUGAAGCAGCCGCUGCAGUAGCUCGGGAAAUGUUGGCGAGUGAAUCCCGGACAAUCACUGUUACCCGCAAAACCCUCGAAGCCGCGCUGAAAAGUGUCAAGCCGAGUGCUAUGAAGGAAAUUUCCGUGGACAUUCCUCAGGUAAAAUGGUCUGACAUUGGUGGAAUGGAAGAACUCAAAAUGAAGUUGAAGCAAAGCGUCAGUUGGCCUUUGAUGAAGCCAGAAGCUUUUUUACGAAUGGGUGUUCGUCCACCGCGUGGUUUGCUGAUGUAUGGUCCACCGGGUUGCUCAAAAACUUUAUUCGCCAAAGCGCUUGCCAGUGAAAGUGGUCUGAACUUCGUUUCAGUAAAGAGCUUCUUGAAUUCUAUGCCAAUGCGCGGUGCUCCGUUCGAACAAACCAUGAUUUCCGUAGAGAAGAACAUACUUGCAAUUAUUGUCAACGACUUUCAGGGUCCCGAGUUGUUCAGCAAGUGGGUUGGAGAGUCGGAAAGUGCUGUGAGAGAAAUUUUCCGAAAGGCCAGACGAUGUGCUCCUUCCAUAAUUUUCUUUGACGAAAUCGAUGCGAUAGCUGGAACCCGGUCAUCGGGUGGUUCGUCGUCUGGUGGUGCCAAUGUUCAAGAGCGAGUUUUGGCUCAAAUGCUCACGGAAAUGGACGGAGUGGUCGAGUUGAAUAAUGUGAUGGUUGUUGCUGCCACGAAUAGACCGGAUAUGGUGGAUCCUGCGUUGCUUCGGCCAGGUCGACUGGACAGAAUAGUUUAUGUUCCUUUGCCGGACGCAUCGACCAGGACGAAAAUUUUCGAGAUUCAUUUGCGGAAUACCCCUGUGUCGGACAAUGUUCGUUUUUGUGAACUAAGCGAAAAAACAGAAGGAUAUUCUGGCGCUGAGAUCGUUGCUGUUUGUCAAGAAGCUGCCAUGAAAGCUCUUCAAGAAUCGUUCGAUGCAACAGCUGUUUCAGAAAAUCAUUUCCGUGCUGCCUUGGAGAAAAUGAAUAUUUGUCCGAUGCCUCUGGUCGGAGAACAGUAUUAUUUGGAAAAGUCGAAGAAGGCUGCGACAUUGAUCGAAGCAAAAUCAGUUAUUCAUUCUGGAACUCUUCAAUUUCCGAACUGCUUCAAAUUGGAAUAUGAAGGUUACAAGCUGAGCAAGCAGCACGUGGAUUCCCAGCAAGGUGCCAAAUCCAUGGAAAUAUUGAUACGGAAAUUUUCAAACCACAAAGAAGUCGUCGAAGAAGAGAAGAAAAUUUUGGCGGCUGUCAGAAAUCAACUGCUGAUGGCCGAGUCUGAGUUGGGAUUGUCGUUGUCCGCAGGGACUACGUUUGCGGCCGCCAGAUCCGAAGAAACGUUCCUUUGCAAUUUAUUCGACGCCCUCGACAAAGAAACUCUUUGCAAACUGCUUGAGAAUGAGCUCGUUGCUCUGGAUUCUCGGAACUCGACAGAGGACUCUGUUAAUAAAUGUUGCGUGUUGCUUAUCUUGAUCAGAAAACUACCUGAAAACAUCAGUAGCGGUAGAGGAAUGAGUCUGUAUCGAAUGUUGGAACAAAUCGAUGCAUCGAGACAAGACAUUCCGCCAGCUGUCCUCAAGUCGAUUCAUGUGCUCCGAAGAGUUCUAGUUGGGGAAGUGCUUCCGCAUGUCAUUCCUCUCAAGGACUCCUUUCCUACGUGGGAGCACCUGGCAGAAAUGCUUUCGUCUUCGAUUGAAUUCAGUAUUCCGAUAAUGUGUGGAGAAAUCGCUGUUCAUCGCGCGAGUAGACCCAGCAGUUAUUUUGAAGAUGACAGAGAUCUGGCUGCCGGAGGAGAUGGGAAAACAUCAUGGCGGAAACUGAUUUCGAUCUUACACGCUGUCGUCAAGAAGCUUGACAGAGGUCUCAAGAUAACGUCAUGGUUUUCGUCAUCGAGUUCUAUUGAAGGAGUGACAGCGAAGUUAACUGCGUUGGUUGCUGAGUCGAAAUCUUCGGAAAAGCUGAAAGGAACUCUGGGUCAACAGAUCGGUUGUUCCCUGGCAGUUUUAAUUGUUCGGUGUGUGCUUGAGUAUGGGGCUCUGUUGUGGCCUUUGUCUCCAGUUGGUGAAGUCAUGUGGCAAGCGAAAGGAACACUGGUGGAAGGAUUCGCUGCUGCGGAUCCCUGGCCAGUUUUAUUCAUGGAACUCGGCGAUAUGACGGACGAAUCGAACCGCAGUAAUUUUGGAAAGCUUAUUGACGAGAACAUCGUCACGGUUUCGCCACAUUUAGAUAGUUUGGACUCGUCAACUUUGGUGUCAGCGUUCGCCAAUCUCAAGUCCGCUUUGUCACUUACGAAGUGCAACGAUAUCGUUCAUAAGAGAUUUAUGGUGAUAUUUCAGAGGAUCUCGUGGAAUACAUUUGCUCCUCUCCAUCAGUCUGUGAUGGCGGAUGUAGCGUUGGCCGAGAAGAAAUACGAAGCCGCGUCCGAGUUUUUGAAAGAAGCUAGUAGAUUAUUGGUUCAGAAGCCGAGAAACAGUCGAGCAUCCGAUACAUCUACUGUGUUUCGGUCGCUCGAAGAUUUUGUUUCGAUCGGACUACGAACUACCUCGUAUCUGUUUUCAACUGGGCAAAAGGCGGAUGCAGCUUCGGAAGCCAUUGAAAUUCUGAUCGCGGUCUGGAGGCAUUCCUCUGGUCAAGAUGACAACCUGAAUUUCCUCAACGCUAGCUCAUCCUUGACGGAAGCUCUGAGUCCAUUAGCCAUGGAUGUGAUACCGAAUUCCGGUCAGAAUCAAAGUGCCCGGCCUGUUGUGCUGAAAAAGGGAUCACUAAGCAUUGAGGAUGAAGGUUUCGGCUUCAUGAUGGUCCUCAUGCAACUGGAUUGGCCGCUGGACGAAAUUAUUUUCAAUGAAGGCUGUAAACGGAUUACAGCCAAGCAGAAAUUUGCCUGUCCUUUCUUUCUUGAAUAUAUAUCCGAAAAAUAUUUCCUCGACGCCUUUGCUGCUAUAGCCGUCGGAUCUGAACCUGUGCAACUGGACAUAUUUAGAAACGAUAGCAAUGGUGUCACGGACUGGAGAACAGCGUUCGUCCAAAGGAUGCAGCAACCUCGUGUUCCCAUGUUGGAGUGUGUGGCAAAAUUUCUCACGGAGAUGCAUUUGCCCAUAAUGACGUUCAUUCGCUCAAAUUCCUAGUGACGCGGGAAAAUCUUAUUCUUGUGAUCAGCUGUACGUCUUUUGUGAAUGUUUUUUUUUUUUACACGAUUGUGUCCCUGAUAAAUUAUCGUUUUUCUUAGUACGUGCCGUUCAUUAGAUUCCAUGUAAAUUUUCAGCUUUUGAGGGGGGCAAUUUUAAGUAUGCAUG